GUCUGCCUUGCUUACGACUGGAACCGAGCCUAAGAGCACAAACCUGGACCAAGUCUAAGCGCACGAGCAGGGGGGACAUUUUUUUUCGUUGCAUUUCUCAUGCAAGACUUAUAUCAAGUGGAGACUUCUACAUUUACAGGGACGCCACUUUUAUAACCACAGGUACUCUAGCUGAUAAGCUUAACAAUAAGACAUCUUUAACUAUACUACUGUAUAGACUAGAGGCAGAGAAAAACACGGGUUAG